ACCAUUUGCGUGGGAUGACAACCCUUGCACGUUGCGGUGUUUCUGUUAUUUAAUUCACGGUUUAGCUUAAAAACUCAGUUAACUGCCAUAAGCUAUAUAAAUAAAAUGUUAAAACAUCUGGCACGUUGGCGGCUGGGCAGCCAAAUCCUGAGGGGAAGUGCCACGCCAGUCAGACAAGCAUCCAAAUCCUCCGGCAAUGGAAGCUCGCUAACCGGCUCGGAGGAAUCCCAAAAUAAGUUUGUCAAUCCCUUCUCCCAGCCCGCUCCAGCCUUAAGUAAUGACCAGAUAUCGGAGACAAAAGAGGAGCGGGAGAAGCGCCUAAAGGUGCUCCAGCUGGAGGCGGACAUUGCCCACCAGGAGGGGCGCCGGGUGCCGGCAUUUGAAUUCUUCCAGGAUCACCACUGGGAGCACGUGCUGACCCUGCCCACGAAAUCGGCUCGCAUCAAGUACUUCGCAUUUCUCUGGCAGAUCGAGAUGAAGAAGCAGUCGGAGCAGCGCAAGAAGGCCCAGCGGGCGGAGGAAACCGAACGGCGGAUAGCGGAGAUGCGGAAGGAGCGCGAGGAGAACACGCACAUCAUCUAUGGCCUGGGCCACACGUCCAUGUUCCUGCGCAUCUACGACACCACCAUUAAUCACUGGCAGAACAACCGGCUCAUACGCGCCAUGCAGUUCGCACCCAAAAUGGUGCUGGAUUGCUCCUACGACGAGCACAUGAACAACCGGGAGGCUUCCUACGCAGCCAAGCAGCUCAUGCUCUGCUUCGCGGAGAACCGGCUGAACGACGAACCCUUCGACCUGCACUACUGCAACGCCAAGAUGGACAGCACGUGCAUGCAGAGUCUCCAGCGCUACAUCCCCACCAUGCACAACCCAGAGUUCCCGAUUAAUGUGCAUUCCCAGUGCUUCACGGAGCUGUUUCCCAAGAAGAACCUGGUCUACCUAACGCCCCACUGCCGCGAGGACCUGGUCACCUACAAUCCAGACGACAUUUACGUGGUUGGUGCCAUGGUGGACACAAUGAACAACGAGCCCCUGUCGCUGGCCAAAGCCAAGCGAUUGGGUCUGCGGAUGGCGAGACUGCCCCUGGAUCGCUACCUUCAGUGGGGAUCCGGUUCGGGAAAGUCGCUCACUCUCAAUCAGAUGAUCAACAUUAUGCUGGACCUCAAGAAAACCGGCGACUGGAACGCGGCCCUGAAACACGUGCCCCGCCGAAAGGUGGUGGAAAAUGAAGACCAGCACCGCAGAGAGAGGGAUCACUGGGGCACAGGCACGCGGGCCAGGAAGCUCAACAUGCGAAUCGAUCAUCUGCUGGACUUUGAGGAGGAUCGCCGUCAGGCCACCUCGUUUGCCACACCGCAAAAGGUCAGGCAGCGACGGGAGGGCAUGGAGUUCCAACUGGACACUUGGGCCACGGGGAAGCAGAAGAAAAAGCAGAGACAAAAUUAAAGUUACCUGUUGUUGUAUUCAUUAAAUUGUACAUUUAUUUUAGUUCA